AUGAUGAACAAGACGAGGGACACGGCUUCAUCGGCAGUUGAUAGAACCAAGGAAGGAAUGAACCGAGCAAAGGGAGCCGCACAGGACAUGGGGAACAGGACCAGCGGCAUGGCUGGGUCGGCUGUCGACAAGGCCAAGGAAGGAACGCAGCGAGCAAGCGAAACUGCAGAGGACAUGAGGAACAAAAUGGGUGAGAUGGCUUCAUCGGCAACUGACAGGGCCAAGAAAGGAAUGAACCGAGCGAGGGAAACCGCACAGGACAUUGGGAACAAGACGAGCGGCAUGGCUGGGGCGGCCGUCAACGAGGCAAAGGAAGGAACGCAGCGGGCAUGGGAAACUGCACAGGACGUGACAAACAAGACGGGUGGGAUGGCCGGAACGGCGGUGGAUAAGACAAAGGAGCAAGUCGGGUGA